AUGGAGAGGACCAAUGAGACAGCUGUGACUGAGUUUGUCUUUCUUGGUUUCUCAUCUCUAUUUGAGCUACAACAGCUUCUGUUUGUGGUGUUCCUCCUUCUCUACCUAUUCACCCUGGGCACCAAUGCUGUGAUCCUGUUCACCAUUUUUCUGGAUCGCGCCCUCCACACUCCUAUGUACUUCUUCCUUGCUGUUCUCUCCUGUUCUGAGACCUGCUACACCUUUGUCAUUGUGCCUAAGAUGCUGGUGGAUCUCCUGUCCCAGAAGAAGACCAUCUCCUUUGUGGGCUGUGCCAUCCAGAUGUUCACCUUCCUCUUUCUCGGCUGUUCUCACUCCUUCCUGCUGGCAGCCAUGGGUUACGACCGCUAUGUUGCCAUUUGCAAUCCUCUUCGUUAUACAACGCUGAUGAGCCCUGGGGUGUGCCUUUGUCUAGUAGCCAUGGCUUGUGCCUGUGGUUUCACUAUCUCCAUCAUCAUCACCUCUCUUGUGUUCCACCUGCCCUUUCACUCUUCCAACAAGCUCCUCCAUUUCUUUUGUGAUAUUUCCCCUGUUCUCAAGGUGGCCUCCUACCACACCCAUCUCAGUCAAAUGGUCAUCUUUAUGCUCUGUGCAUUGGUCCUUGUCAUUCCAUUGCUAUUAAUCCUGAUUUCCUACAUCCAUAUCAUCUUUGCCAUCCUCCAUUUUUCUUCUUCUGUAGGCAGAUACAAGGCCUUCUCUACCUGUGCUUCCCAUCUCAUUGUGGUCACUGUCCACUAUGGUUGUGCCUCCUUCAUAUAUUUACGACCCAAGAACAACUAUAACUCAAGCCAGGAUACCCUGAUAUCUGUUUCCUAUACCAUCCUUACUCCAUUGUUUAAUCCCAUGAUCUACAGCUUAAGAAACAAAGAAUUCAAGUCAGCACUUAGAAGAAUCUUAGAGAGAACAUUUUUUUCCAUACAACAAUGA